CAAUGAACUGGCGUGGUAACAGGAGAGAGAGAGAGGGACAGAGAGAGAGAGCUGCGCGUAGCUGAGAGCUCCGGGGACUGGAGGUAGAUCGGUGCCAUUCGCAAGGACUGUACAGCGGAGGUUUUUCUUCAGUGUUCCUGGAGUAGAGUGCUGGAAGCAGCUCGUGAGGCGGCACGGUUGGAGCCCUUGUCUUGGCUUUACGUGCCGUAUUCCUGUCGUCAUCAGCGCAGAAGUGGCCAUUCUGAAAAUCUGGGGAUUCUUACAAGUUUAUUAAACAGUCCUAAAAGGAGAAGAUGAUCAUGAGACAGUUGACUAGCUGCCUUGUGGUUCUCUGCACAAUAUCAGCCAUUGGAUAUUAUUCAUCUGAAGGCUCGUCUGUGGGUUUGGAUGCCACGCCAAGGAUAACUUUGGCCUACAAUGAAAUCACUGAUUUGAGGCGGUUCAGCAGCAAAGUAUCAAAUUAUAGCACCUUACUGCUGGAGGACGAAAGGGGGAUUUUGUAUGUUGGGGCAAGAGGUGCCAUCUUCUCGCUCAAUUCCAGCAAUAUAUCACAGAGAUACCAGAAAGCAAUCCCGUGGGAAGUUACUGCACAAAAGCAUGAGGAAUGCAUAAAAAAAGGCAAAAACAACCAGACCGAGUGCUUCAACCAUAUAAGGCUUCUGCUUCGAUUUAAUGAAACCCACCUGUAUGUCUGCGGAACAUAUGCUUUUUCUCCUCUCUGCACUUAUAUUGAUUCCAGGACUUUUGUUUUGUCUUCAGAAACUGAAGAAGGAAAGGAGAAAUGCCCUUAUGAUCCAGCAAAAGGAUACAUAGGGCUCCUAGUGGAUGGAGGAUUAUACACAGCCUCUCGCUAUGAAUUCCGUAACCUGCCUGAUAUAAGGAGAAACCUCCUCCAACGAUCUUUGAAAACAGAAGAAUCCAAUUUGCACUGGUUGAAUGAUGCUGAUUUUGUGUCUGCUGCUCUGGUUCCGGAAAGCAUGAACGUUGCAGUGGGGGAUGAUGAUAAAAUCUACUAUUUCUUCAAUGAAAAAGUUGUAGAAGAAAGCUCCAGUUUCCUAGGCAGCAAGAUGGCGAGUGUAGCUCGGGUGUGCAAGAGUGACAUGGGUGGCAAGAAAAUCUUACAGAGGAAAUGGACAUCAUUUUUAAAGGCAAGACUUGUCUGCGCCAUGCCUUUUUAUGAAGUCUUAAAGAGCGCCUACACCCUGGAAUUGGGCAGCUGGGAUACAGCCAUUUUCUAUGGGGCGUUCGUCUUGCAAUGGAAAAACAUGGAAUCUUCCGCUAUCUGUCGAUACAGCAUUUCUGAUAUCCAGAAGGUGUUUGAGGGACCUUAUAUGGAAUAUCAGUAUUCAUCUCGUAAAUGGUCUCGAUAUGAUGGAGAGGUUCCCAGCCCUAGGCCAGGAUCAUGCAUCACAGAUGAAUUUCGUAAGAAUGGUUUCAACACUUCCCAGGAUCUCCCCAACAAUGUGCUAGACUUUGUAAAACUUCACCCGCUGAUGUACGAGAAGGUGAAACCGGUUGGAGAGCAGCCGCUUCUCACGAAAGGGAACGUCAUAUACACCAGAAUAGCUGUGGAUAGGGUUAAAGCACUGGACAACAAGUACUAUGAUGUGCUAUUUCUUGGGACAGAUGAUGGCUGGCUUCACAAGGCAGUAGUCAUUGGUUCUGCGGUCCAUAUAAUAGAAGAAAUGCAAGUCUACAAAUUCCCGCAGCCGGUUGAAAAUUUGGUGAUUUCCAAGAAACAGAACACACUAUACAUCGGAGCACAGAGCGGUGUCCUACAGAUCCCACUGUUUGGCUGUAGCCAAUAUACUUCAUGCUAUGACUGCAUCCUCGCCAGAAACCCUUACUGUGCCUGGGAUGGACACGUUUGCCGGGAUAUUAUUGGUGCUAAGAAUCGGACGCAGAUGACGCAGGAUAUGCAGAAUGGGAAUGGAGGAUGUUUAAACAGCACAGACGAUGGCCUUCUAAAGAAGAGGGUGCGGACGGUGUUAAAAGGAAAUGAUGUCCUUCUGCAGUGCGACCUGAGGUCUAAUCUAGCCAGGCCUCAGUGGUAUGUUAAUGGCACAGAUAAACUAUAUAACAGCGAGGGUCACACCAGGCUGGGAGUCGAUGGUCUCUUAAUUACAAACACUCUUCCGGAGCACAGCGGCGAAUAUAGUUGUUACUCAGAAGAGAAUGGAUUGCAGUCUUUGAUAGCAGAAUAUUCUCUAAAGGUCCUCUUGGAACUACCAAAAGAGAAGAACCAUUCUACGCCAACACCGAUAAUCCAGUUGCCAACGGCUGCAUCUCAGUCUUCUUCUAAUAUUCAAUUCAUCUACAUUUCCACAAUCACCAUUCUCGGUGUGCUGUGCAUUGUCCUCUCUAUUGUUUUGUUAUACGUGUCUUGCCAGCGGAAAAAGAAGGGUAAGUAUGCAGUGAGAAACUCUCGCUCCACAAACGUUGAGCUUCAGACUGUAGCAUCUCAGUUUAAAGAAAAGUCAGAAGACUUGAUCAGUUAUUCUGAUGGGUGCCUGCAGAUCAUCCCUGGAGAGGCACCAACAAUGUCUCCCCAUAAAGACAUGCCACCUCCCCCACCUCCACCACCCCCAUUGCCCUUGGAGUUUACCAAUGGAAUCAGCACCCUACCCAACAUGCUAAGGAAAAUGAAUGGUAACAGUUAUAUGCUUCUUAGGCAGAAUGAGGAAUCCAGCCUCCCCUCGUACAAUUCAUUCACAGAGGAACUCAGCAAGAUCCUCGAGAAGAGGAAACACACACAACUGGUUGAAAAACUGGAUGAAAGUUCUGUGUAGUAGAGGCUGAAUAGAACUAAAGAACUAAACCUCAUCUACCUCAAUGACACUUUUUUUUUAAAAAAAAAAAAAAUGACAUUUUAUAAUAUAUUAUUUUUAUUCGAACCCACAUUAUAUAUUUAAAAAAAAAAAACAUUUAAGCAUCAUUAAGUAUGACAUAAUCACAUCAGUUUGGAGAACAUUGGCUUUUGCACCACCAGUUUGUUUCAGUGGAGUCUGCAGGCUGAAUAAAUCAUGAACUCUUGGAAAGCAUUGGGCACGUCCAGGUGAAGCAGAAAUCUGGAUCCUGUUUAAUUUGAAUAAAAAGUUUGCCCAAACACACCAGGACACACGGACUGGGUUCAACAAGAAACCAGAAAAAAAUAUGAACAAAGAAUUUUUUGGAUGGACUCGUACUGCAAAAGUAUGGAGUCAUUAUCUGUUUUUAUGGGGGAUUACAAGACUAUCCGGAUAUGAGAGAAGAGUGCACAACACUGGAGCUGAAAGGAGUGAUUUAACCAUGGAGAUCAGUUUAUGGAACGACUGCCUUGUUACAUGUUUGCAGCAAUAGCUCAACAGAACAGAACACUGGCAAAGAAGACAAAGGGAGGUUUCUGCUUCCACAAACUACAUGGCUGGCACUACAUCUCUGCUCCGCCUUUAUUCACAGAAACCCCUGAACCUCUGCUGGAUUUGUAGAGGAAAUAGAAACAUCUUACAUUUAAAGAAAUGUAAUGUCGGCCAUGAUGGUGGGUGAACCUCUUGUGUGCUGGAUUGGUGCAGGGGAUGAGAACAUCUUCCGCUUUAAUGUCAGAAAUGAUGGUGCAACGGCCAUUAUUGAUGAGUUCCAGCCCUGUUACUAGCAUUUAUCAUCAUGUUAGAAGACAACGGCCAUUAUUGAUGAGUUCCAGCCCUGUUACUAGCAUUUAUCAUCAUGUUACAAGACAACUUAAUAAUAAAUGCUAGUAACAGGGCUGGAACUCAACUUAAAGGAAGACAUUCUCUUAUCAGCUAUCUGCAGUUUUUGCCAGUGUUUAUUCCCCCAUUUUAUUCCAAUAGGUACCAGGCCUGGGUGACUAUAUCAUAAACUCUGAGAGGUGGAAAAUUGCCAAUCAAAUGGAAAAAAUGUUAUAUAUUUAUAUAUUAUGAUUCUGUGCUCUGCGUUUGACUUUGGCCCAUAGUACGCACGGCUGGAUUCAGGGACAGGCCACCGCGGCUAAAAGGAAGGGCUACUGUGUUCAGUUUGUUGAGAUUUCUGUGACAUAACUGAGCUUUCUCUGUUUAUAAUAUGCACUGAAACAGGUUGGGAAAAAAAGCAAAAGAAUAACUGCAGAACUAUUAGAGAUAGUCGAUAACUGCAGUGAGACAGUUAAUAAUGGCAGAUGUGACCUGUGCUAGGAGGGAUACGGUUUUGUUGCCCCAUUCUAAUUUCCCUUCUCCAUGUUGUUGCUUUAUUUAUCCAUUUCACAAACCUUGAUAGUUCACUCUUUUCCUCAUUCAUCCCUUCUCAUAAUAUUCUCCUCCUUUGCUCUCCUGAAUCUUCUCCUCUUCAAUAGUUACUGGGGGGAAAAAACAUUUUAUAUUAGAAUAUUCUAAUAUCGGCCAUGGGAGUCACUCAAUGAUCUUUUUUAUCCGAUGGUCUCUCAAAGUCCACUCUUGGCAAAGGCAGACCCAUGAGCCACUGCCAUUAGGCUUAGAAAUGUUUUUUUUGUAAUGAGAGAUCUCUGACUUUGUGGGCCUUUAUUGAUCUUAUUAGGGGUUCUCUUUAAACUCUGUUCUUUGCUAUCAUCUAUACUGUGUUUCUGCAACAAUUCAGAUAAAGUAAUUAGACUUACUACCCCUGCCACCUCCCUUUUAGUGUUUAAACACCCUCUUGUUAAACUUGAGAUCAAUAUGGCUUGUGCUGAACAUACUUUUUGCCUAUUGUUUUAAUUAUGAAAAAUCUUUGUUUUUUUAUUAUUUCUUAAGCUAAACAGAGAAACUGAAGCUACUCCAUGUUUAGUCCUUGUGACUAUAGCUGUAGAGGUCCCCAAAUGAGAGGAUCUCUCCCUGAUAUGACCACCUUGAGGUGGGCGAUAUUGGUCUGAUCCGAUUGUCGGCCAGAUAUCGAUCUGGGAAGCCUGACAGAGGGCCCCUUACAUGGGCCAAUAAGCUGCCAACAUCGCCUGCUGACAGCUUUUAUUGGCCUGUGUAUGGCCACCAUUAAAUUCUAAGCACACAGAUUAUAUUCUUGCAUAAUGGGUUUCUUAUUCGUGCAAUGGAAAUCUAACAAUAUACCUUGCAAGGACCUUGCAGCUUCGGGUUCCCUUUUUAGCUUAAAGCCCAGUAACAUCAUAUUUUUUUUAAAAAAAAUUGUUCGUAUACAACGGG